UAAAAAUUUUGAUUUUUUUUUUUAUAAGUGUGUGUUUUUUGUGAUAACGUAGAAAAAACAAAGACUAAGUAAAAAAAUGGUCUCAGCAACUGAAUUAUUUAAUUCAAAUGAUGAAUAUAAAUGUACGCUCAGUCCUGAAUUACAAAAAUUAGCUCAGGAGGAGCUACGUGAAGAUGAGAACACAAGAACACAAGCAAUUCAACAAGUCCGUGAUUGGAUAAACAAACAUCCAAAUAUUAAAAAAUGUCGUACCGAUUCAAUAUUUUUAUUACGUUUUUUACGUACAAAAAAAUUUAGUGUACCAUUAACAUGUGAAAUGAUUGAACGCUAUUUAACAAUCCGUCAAUUAUUCCCCGAUUGGUUUACAAAAUUAGAUAUUGAAGAUAAAGAUAUUGCAGACAUUAUUGAUAAUGGAUAUUUGGUACCAUUACCAAAACGUGAUGACGAUGGUAGACAAGUUUUGUUAUCAUGUGCUGGAAAAUUUGAUCCAUUUAAACAUUCAUCAUCGCAUAUGGUUCGUGUGCAUAGUUUAGUCAUGGAAGCGUUAAUGGAUGAUGAAGUCAAUCAAAUUAAAGGAUACACUUAUAUUAAUGAUGAAAGUGGAUUACAAAUGGGACAUAUUAGUUUAUGGUCGUUAAAGGAUGUUCGUAAUAUUAUGAAAUGUGUUCAGAAAUCAUCACCAAUGCGACAUAAGAAUUCCCAUUUCAUUAAUAUUCCACAGUAUGCAGUUAAAAUUUUCGAAUUUGCAAUUUCAUUAUUGAGUGAUAAAUUAAAGAGUCGCAUUCAUCUUGAUAAAUCUAUUGAUGAAUUAAAAGCAAAAGUCAAUCCAAAAAUCCUACCCGAAGAAUACGGUGGUGAAGGUGGUUCAUUAAAGAGCAUGAUAGAAGAUUGUAAAAAAUUAUUACGUGAAAAACGUGAUGUAAUUUUAGCUUUAGAUGAAAUGCAAAUCGAUAUUAACUUUAAAGAUAAUCCACUUGUAUCUGAAAUGAAUGAAGAACUUGGUAUUGGUGUAGAAGGAUCAUUCCGUAAACUCUUAGUCGAUUAAAAAUAAUAAAUUU